GUACGAGUAUUAAGGCACAAAGUGAUUACUAUAUUUGGUUUGGAUGAGAGAAGUUAUAGCCGUACUCAAAAUUUAAACAAGCGCUCCCGCUCUCUCUCUAUCUCUCUCUGUUCAUCCCAGAUUCACCACUACGCCUUGCUGCUUCCAGGUUAAAUAAAUAAUCAUCAACGCUAUUGAAGUGGAGACUUGAUCAGUUCAAUUCAAACAGUAAGAGAAAUGGACGGAGUGUACAAGGAGUUGGAAGAAUCAAAAGCGGUGUUGGAGAAGCUGAAGGAGGACUAUAGGAUCAAAACCGAACUUUCUGAGAGUCUAAGGAGAGCUCAGUCAGACCAGCUAGCUAAAAGUCAAGAAGCAAAGUUGCAAAUUGAUAAGCAGGCAAAGGAACUGAAUGACAAAUCAGAGGAGUUAGCUGAGUUGAUGAAGCUCUAUGGAGAGGUCAAAUCUAAAUUCCAUGAAAUGGAAUCAUCUCUUAAGCAAGUCAGUUCUGUGAAUGAAAAAAUCCGGACUGAUGCUGGGGAGAAGGUGCAAAAGUUGGAAGGAGAAAACAGAAAAUUGGUGUCAGCUUUGGAGGAAGCGACAAGAAGAAAUGACGACUUGGAAAAGAAGCUUUGCGCUUGCAACAAAGAGAUUGAAGGUUUAAAAAACCUUGUAUCCGAUUCACAACGGAAGUGCUAUGAAGCAGAAGAAAAGGCUCGGGCAGGAAGGGAAUUAAGACACAGAGAUGAAGUAAUCUCAAAAUUGGAGGAGCAAAGCAUGAGUGUCCAAGGUCAGCUAAAAUGGAAGAAAGAGCAGUUUGAACAUCUUGAAGAAGCUCAUAAGCGGCUUCAAGAUCUGUUCCAGUCAAACAACAAGGAUUGGGCAUCUGAAAAAUCGAAUAUGUUGGAAGAGAUAACGACAUUGCAGUUUAAAUUGGAUUCUCAAAUUAGAAUCACUGAAGGCCUUGAAUCCCGGCUAAAGAUGUGCAAUCAAGCUCUGGCGCAUGAGGAAAGCCGAAGGAAGGCGUUAGAAGUUCAAUUGUCAGAAUCAAAACAGUGCUUCGAAAGUGUUUUUGCGGAGUAUGAGGAAGCGAAAACAAAGUUUGAAAGCCUCAGCACAAAACGUGAUGAAGAUAUUGCAGAUUUGAGGAAUUCUGUUGGGAUGAAAGAGAUAUUAUUGAAGGAGGUUGAGUACAGGGUUACCCACCUUGAGCAAGAGAACAAGGAGCUUCUUGGAUCUUUGAAAGAGCUACAGGAAGCUCAAAUCAACAAGAGAAGAGUGGACCCUUCUCUCAAUAAACUUCGCAAAAAGCUGAAAGAUUUGGAGCAGGUGCACGGCAAUUGUUCUCUGGCUUUGAAAGAAAGAGAAGCUGAAUGGACAUCCAAAAUGGAGAAGCUGAUGGAAGAUACAAAAUGUAAUGAAACUGAGUUAAAUAGACAAACUGAACAACUGGAGCAACUGAAGAUGCAGUUGGAUAAUUGUUACUCUGCAAUGGAGGUUUCAGGUGAAGAGACUUCCAUACUUCUCUUAAUGAUGAAGUCUGAACUUUCUGAUGCUUACUCAAAGCUCUUCGAGUCAGAAGAUCAGAUUGAAGGAUUCAACAAGGAAAGAAGAGAGAAGCAUGUAGCUCAGCAUUUGGAGAUGGGAGACUGCACUCCAUCAAAGGCUCAAGUUCAUGUGAAGCAGUCGCAUGAGGAAAUUGCAUUUCUUACAGAAAAGCUGGAUUCUAUAAACCUUUUGGAAGAGCGUAAUACCUUUUUGGAGUUCGCUCUUGCAGAGCACAAACAGAUGCUUGAAGAGUCAUCGAACUGCCAACUUCACUUGAAAGAACAAGUUAACCUGAUGGAAGUUGCUCUCAAGAAUUUGUCCGUUGCUUUAGAAAAAUCGAAUUCUGAAUUGGCAGCAAAGAUAGGUGAGGUUACGCAGACAGAGAUAGAACUGCAGUCAUGGAAAGCUAAAGCAGAAAGCUUUAGAACAUGCCUUGAACAAAGUCAGGAGUUGUAUAAGAAAAGGGAAACAUCCCUUCUUGAACAAAUUCAGGAUCUUAGUAAAGAGAACAGUGCUUUAUAUUUCAAAAUGGAAGAACAAAAGCAUAAUGUUAGAGAUCUCCAGCAGACAAUCAUUUCUCUGGACCAAGAGUUGAUAGAAAAAGAAGCAGCUACAGAGGCAAUGAAAUUAGAGGUGGUAGAAGCAUACAAGAAAGGUGAGCACUACGUCAAAAUCCUAAAAGAAAGAGAUGCAACAGUUGAAAGCGUGAGGAAAGAGAUAGAAGUAGUGAAGGAACAAUCUGUGGGAAGGGAAUCAGUAGCAGCUGAAUCUGCCAGGCUUGAAGCAGAGAACAAAUAUGAACUUGAAAAGAAAGAUCUGUGUAGGACUAUAGCAGAAAAGGAUGAGCACAUAAGGUGUAUUCAGGAUUUUGCUUCAUCAUUAGAACAGGAUUUCAUGGAAGCAGCUCUCUUUUCCUUCUCACAAGGUAUAGAAGAUAAGAUUAGCAUUGUUGCACUUGAAGAAGCUUUAGAAAAGUCUGAAUUCCACAUGAAAACUGAGUUGGAAAUAAAGAAUGAGACAAUUGAUGUACUGGAAAAAGAGGUCAGUAAUCUGCAUGGAAGAUUUUUGGUUCAAGAAGAGUCUUUGCUUCACUCAAAACAAUCAGUUAAAGAGCUCAAAGCUCUGAUGGAGUUUAAGAAGCUAGAUACAGAGAUAUUGUUGAACAAGUUGAAGGAGGAGCAAAUUGAGUUGAAGGAACUCGUGAAAGAUCUUGAACAAGAGAAAGAGGUUGCUACAGGCAGCAUCAAAAGGCUGUCUUCUGAAAGGAAUAACCUGCUCACAAACAUUGAAGAAAUCUGUGAGCAAUUUGGUGGUUUCUGUACAGAGGAUGUAAAGCUUGAGGGAAUGUUGGGGAAGAUGUUGCAGACUUGUGAAGAAGAUGAUAUUUUGACAUCAGAUGAUUUAAUAUCAAAUAAAAUUUCUAAUAACGUGCAUACUGAUGUGAAGAAGGAAGUUGACAGAUCUCCAUUAAGAGAGAUUAACCAAUAGCAGCUUGAGCUUGUGAUAAUAAAUUUUAAGUCAUUCUUUCAACGCCGUAGCUGUGUAAUAAGUUACGGAGUACUACAUUGUUUAGCAUGCUGUUAGAAACCUAAUGGAACAGUAAUGUUGAACUCUUUCACUUGUAACAAUAUUCUUACGAGAAUUUUACAAUUAAAUGAAUGUAUCUUGUCUGCUUAGCAAAA